UGCUGAACUUGAUAAAUUUCGUGUGUGAACUUCGUGUACGAAAUCAAAAUGAAUUUGAACACUUGCUCUUAAUCACUGAAGUAUGGACCCUAAUAUUUUUUUAUUUUAAAAAUUUUAUGUAUACUUUCUGCUCCCACGAAACUUUAUCCUUUCUAUAUAUUUCCGACUUAACUUGACAGUGUCGUGUGAACCGUGUAUGUUUUACAAUUUAUAAAAAUCGGAACCAUGAUGAAUGCGUUCUGAAAAUAAUCGAUUAUAGAUAUGUCUUAUUACACAGACUCAUUUCUAGGUAAUUUAUGAUUACAGAAUUCCUCAGAAUCGUAAAUGAACGAAGAAACCAGCAGCGUAUGAUAAUUACAAUCUACUGCAUGGUAAUUAAAAUGAAUAUGUUAGGGAUACAGUUAUAAGCUAUAGAGUAGUCUGCUGUUACAAAUUCUUGAGAAACGGUUCGAGAGGACGCAACUUACUGUUGCGUAGCAUCGUCGCAUUACGGUUUGUGUUUAUGUUACACAAUUCAAAUAUUUUUCACGAAGAAGACUUUUUUUGUUUCUUUUAACCGCUUUGCGGCCGUAGUCGCGUAUGAAUAGUGUCAAUAGUAUUCCAUGUGAGUAAUCAUUAACACGAGAUGACAUCGGUUUCAGAAUCAUGGAGCGACGGGCUGGCGGACAAGACAGAAUUGUCUCAGACAUUGCUGCAACAAUCGCAUCAACAACGACUGCAGGAGCAGCAGCAUCAACGGCAGCAGUUGCGCAAGACAAUGGAAAACGCGAUCGCGGCCAGCGGUUUGCACGGCCGGAGGUAUCACUGUCCGAAAUGUGAAAAGUCCUUCUCGCAGAGCUACUCGAUGUACCGGCAUUACAGAUACGAGUGCGAUUCACUACCGCGUUAUCAAUGCCCGUAUUGCGGCCACGUCAGCAAAUGGUCCCACUCGAUCUAUAAUCAUAUCAGGAAAAUUCAUCCAGGAGCGAAGGUCACGCUGAACAAGCUCUACUAGUCCAUGGUGGGAAGAACGCUGUGCAAUGUUACCAAUAAGGCAUGAUACACGUGAUCAUUGAUAAAAUCGAAAUCGUUUCGCUUGCGCGUUCCUCGAAAGUGAUGGUCGUUCUUGGCGUUUUUUGCUUUUCUAUCUGUUCUCUCAAAAGGUUGAUCGGUCAUCUGUAUCUAUAGACCGAAAGAUGGAACGCUCGGAGGAACGAUUUAACGUGAAUUACAUCCAUCGACAUGUUCAGUAUUGAUUUCUGUAUAUCACGACUGUUCUAUUGCGAAAAUAAAAUUAGAAUAAUUUGUAAUUUUUAAUGUAGCACAAACUUUAAUCCCGCAAUGUAGCAUCAAGGAAGCUCAAGCAUUGAUAUAUGAUUUAGGUUCUUGACCAUUUUGAGAUUCAGAUGAGAUCGAGCCAACUUUCAACCGCUCCCGAGAAAAAGGAGAAGGAAAAGCAGAAGACAUCCCAAAAUUCCUGUACAUUUCCAUUUUCUCCUUUUCGCUGCUCCUCGAAUCUUCUCCCGCUAUUAAGAGACCACCGGUUGCGAAUCGCCGCUCUAAUGUAGACCUCCGUUUCUAUUUGUGCUUGCAGACUUCAGACCGAUCGUCCUGCAGAAGUACCACGGCGUCGUGCGGAAUUCCCGUCACAUGCCCAGACUUCAAGCCCCCGUAAAUCGGCGCGGCUUUCCCUGUCCCAGAUGCGCCCGUGUCUUCCGCACUACCGGCGGCAUGAGCCGACACUAUCGCCUAGAGUGCGUCGACAUGCCACGCUUCAAGUGUCCGCACUGCGACAUGCGUAGCAAGUACACGCAAGCUGUGUACAGGCACAUCCGAGCGAAGCAUCGCAAUAUGGAGCUGCGAUUCGUUAAGCUGUAUUAAAAAGGCGAGUUUGGAGACUGAUGUAACUUAAUUUAUAUAUACGCGUAGACUUAAAUCGAGAUAGACUUAAAUCUAUUCCUCCUAGGUAGUAAAAAAGGUACCUUUCCUUUCUUCUUUUCCCCUCGCCUUUUUUAAAGGUUGUUUUAAAGAGAAAACUUGUGCCCCAAAUACAAACGUCGUGUUUUAAUUAAGCGCAUGUAUUUGCGUACAAUUUAUAAAGAGCUUUAAUUUCAUGUGUAAAUAAUAUAAUCUACUACUUUUAAUAAAAAUUGACUAUCUAACUAUUCUUGAUUAAUUUUAGAAUUUUUUGGAGAUAUGAUUUGUAAUAAGCAAGGCAUUUUAACAAAUUAAUUAUGAUUAACAAAUUAUCAUCGUGAUUAAUUGAAAUAUAAUCAAACAAUAAAAAAUUAUAGUUAUGCGCAAAUGACAAGUUUCUGUGAUAAAACUGUGAAAGUUUGUUUAACGCGUUGCGUUACAGAAUAUAGUUACUAUAUUUAAUUUACGUUAACUAUAUGCAUAGACGAAACAGUAAUUGUUACUGUUAAGAAUUGACGAGAUUAGCAGAUUGCGAUUUGAAGUUCUCUGUAUAUUAUACUGAAAAAUAUGAAUAUGUUUAAGAAAUUGUAUAUAUUUCGUCUAUAAAUACAACCAUUUUUAUUCUCUUAUAUGUCUUUCAAUCACGUUAAAAGUAAGCGUAAGUUAAUUAAAAGAAUGAUUCUCAAGUGUUAUUUGCGAUUAUUUCUCAUAAAAAGUACAUCGAUGGAUGAUGAGACGAUGAGAGAUUUCUCAGAUAUCUUUUUUUUUAUUUUUACGUUACCUUUUCGAAGAGAACAAUCGAAUUAGAAAUAUCGCACUGCGGUAUAUUUAUUUUUGUUGAUGAUUUAAGGCAUACAUAUCCAAAAAUAAGAAAGAGAAAUUUAUUUUUUAUACAAGCAAUAAAUUAAAAGCUUAACUUUUGCUCUGAAAUCUGAGAAAUCAAACGUAUCUCAUUAAGAAUUAAAUUUAAAAUUAACAUAAAUAAGUUUUACAUAAUUGUAUAAUAUAUAUUUGUUUGUACAAGAAAUGUAUGAGAUUUUUACACAUUGUAACAAAGUUAUAAUUUUCAAUUGCGAACAGUAUCGUUAUUACCUAACUUUUGUUUAAAUUUUUCUAGCGAAUUAAUUUUUUUUUAAAUUAUUAAAAAAAUUUUUUAUUGAAAAUAUUUAUCCAAAGAUUAAGAAUAGAAUAUAUAAUAAAUAAAAUAUAAUAAUAGAUUUUGUUUUUAAUUUUUAUUAUAUUUUUCAAAAGUAUAAUUUUGUUUUAAUUUAUUUUGAUUUAAUUUGAUUUAUUUUUGGGAAAUUAAUGUAAUUAUGUAUAUAAAAAUUAGAUCAUGGAGAAUAAUUUAGAGUUCUUAUGCAUGAAUUUCUUAUAUAAUUUGGAUCUUUUUUUAUUUAAAAAUUACAUGCUGCAUUUUAUUUGAUGUAUAUGACUUGUAAAAAUUACCAUCAAACAGAUAAAAAAAAAAGUUUUUAAUAUUUUUUUUAUUUCUGUAUUUUAUUCUUUAUUUGCAUAUUUUAAUUUUUAUUGUUUAUUUAAGAUUUAUUAAGUAUUAAUAUUUAUUUUGUUAGAAGAGCAGGAGACGACUCGCGUAUCUUUUAAUUUAUAUGAAUAACAUUUAUCCUUUUAACAUAUAAUUUGCAAUAUACAUUACGUAAUUUAUUAUAUCCGAAUAAUUUAUAUUAAAUUAAAUAAUUUCUUUAUUCUUUAUGAACUAGUUGACACAAAAAUGGACAAUUUUAAAGAUAAAUUUAAAAAUUAACUUGAAAAUUUGUAACUGGCAUGCGUUAUAAUGUUAUAAUGUUUUAUAUCAAUGUCUUAAUAUAUAAAUGUAAAAAAUAUGUAUAUGUAUGUAUUUAGCAUAUUUUAUAAAUAAUGAGCUACAUCAGUAAAAUGAUGACAAGAAGAA